AUGACACCUAGACUUCCUCCUCCACCACAACCUACUGACCCAGAUGCGCCCAACAACGCUAGGUUGUUGGAAACGGUGAUUGACCGACUGCAGCAACAAAACACCACUUUAAUGGAGCAGAACGCCACCCUGAUGCAGCAGAAUCAGAACGCCAUGCAGAGUUUGGAGGCCUCUCGUGCCAACUCUGAAACGACCCAAAGACAAUUAAUGGAAAUUCUGGCAGCAACUAGGCACACUCCGGGGGCGUCCUCUUCCAAUGCUGCCCCGCCUGCUUCUAAAUGGAGCUUGGAGAGUUUCCUCCAACACCAUCCGGCUAAGUUCAGUGGGAAAGGCCUCCCAGACGAAGCGGAUCAGUGGUUAAGGGACAUGGAGAAAAUCUUCAACGCCAAAAGGUGUCCAGACGAGAACCGUUUGGCGUUCACUGAAUACUUGUUAACUGGGGAAGCAAGCCACUGGUGGGCGAGCACAAGGGCUAUUCUGGCAGACGCCCAACGUCCGAUCACUUGGGAAGUGUUCCGUGGCAAGUUUUACGAGGAGUACUUCCCUGACAGCGUCCGUUUUGCGAAGGAAGUGGAGUUUCUACAGCUGGUUGAAGGUGGGAUGUCGGUUUCUGAAUAUACCAAUAAAUUCAAGCACCUUGUUCGGUUCAAUACGAUGGCCACCAGUGAGGAGUGGCAGUGCAGGAAAUUUGAGAACGGACUGCGGAGUGAUUUGAAGGUCUUGAUUUCCAGUUUGUGCAUCCGGUCGUUUCCUGCUAUGGUUGAGCGAGCCAAGGUCUUGGAGAAGAAUAUGGCAGAGGCGGAACGCGGUUCACAAGCAGUGGUUCCUGUCGGACAGUCUGGACAAGGAAACGUUGUUUGCUUCCAGUGUGGAGGGCCACAUUAUCGGUCUUCAUGCCCUCAGUUGGUGGGAGGAAAGCACUGCAAUCGUUGUGGAAGAAACAGGCACUUGGAUCACGAGUGCAAUAUGAGUGGACGUGCAGUGAUGAGGCCACCUAAUGCUGGAAGGAGCCAACCGAGAGGUGGUAGAGCACAAGCAGUGGGACGCGUAUACGCUAUAACGAGCGCUGAGGCAACGAGCUCAGGUAAUCUCAUAAUUGGUGAAUGCUUGCUGUUUGGUAGAUCGUGCUGUGCACUGUAUAAUUCGGGGGCAACUCACUCCUUCAUCUCGAAGGCGUGUGUUGAAAAACUGGGUUUAGAAGUGAGUGAGAUACAGUUCGACCUGGUGGUGUCAACCCCAGCGGCUGGCGAAGUUAGGACGUCCACUAUGUGCGUCAGAUGUUCUAUAGAAGUGGAGGGGCGAAUGGAUUGGUUGGCUACCAAUCGCAUCCUUAUAGAUUGUGGUAGGAAGGAAUUAAUUUUUCCUGGUGAAGAAGAAGAAGUAUUGUCAGUGACGCUCGGUCAGCUGAAAGAAGACAUUAUGGAGGGCGCCAGCUGUUUUCUCAUCAUGACGCAUGAAGAUCAGGAAUUCAGAGGAUUGGUAAAAGAACGAUCGUCCACUAGUGACAGUAAUGGACGAUCGGUUGUGGAUGGGUUUGCGGACGUCUUUCCGGAAGAAAUACCUGGACUUCCCCCUCAUCGUGAAGUUGAAUUUACCAUUGAUUUGGUGAUGACAGCGGUUCCUAUCUCGGUUCAGCCUUAUAGGAUGUCUCCUGCGGAGUUAGCUGAACUCAAGGAGCAGAUUGAAGAGUUGAUGGAGAAGCAAUUCAUUAGGCCGAGCGUAUCACCCUGGGGAGCGCCCGUACUGUUAGUAAGGAAGAAGGAUGGCAGCUCGCGGUUGUGUAUAAACUACAGGCAAUUAAACAAGCUGACCAUCAAGAACAAGUACCCGUUGCCAAGGAUAGAUGACCUGCUGGAUCAAUUGCAUGGGGCUGCAGUGUUCUCAAAAAUUGACUUGAGAUCCGGGUAUCAUCAAAUCAGGGUUAAGGAAGACGACAUCCAGAAGAUAGCGUUCAGAUCUCGCUACGGGCAUUAUGAGUACGUGGUGAUGCCAUUUGGAGUAACGAACGCUCCAGCAGUGUUCAUGGAGUAUAUGAAUCGCAUCUUCAGGCCUUAUUUGGAUAAGUUCGUGGUCGUCUUCAUAGAUGAUAUUCUCAUCUAUUCCAAGACCGAAGACGAGCAUGAAGAGCAUCUUAGACUUGUACUUGGAGUGUUGCGGAAGAAGGAGUUAUAUGCCAAGUUGUCUAAGUGUGAAUUCUGGAUGAAGGAGAUUCAGUUUUUGGGACAUGUGGUUUCGGCUGGAGGCAUCUCGGUAGCUCCAGCGAAAGUGCGAGCGGUACUGGAAUGGGAGAGUCCACGUUCGGUCACUGAGGUGCGUAGUUUUGUUGGACUCGCGGGCUACUACAGACGUUUCAUUGAAGGAUUUGCUAAGAUAGUAGCGCCGCUAACUCAGUUGACUCGUAAAGAUCAGCCGUUCGCUUGGACCGAUCGUUGUGAGGCUAGCUUCCAAGAGUUGAAAGUGAAAUUGACGAGCGCUCCUGUGUUGGUUAUUCCAGACACGUCUAAACUGUUCGAAGUGUAUUGCGACGCUUCUCACCAAGGUUUAGGUUGUGUGCUGAUGCAAGAAAAGCGAGAGAGGCGUUGGUUAGAAUUUUUGAAAGAUUACGAUUUUGAGCUGCUGUAUCAUCCUGGGAAUGAUAAUGUAGUGGCGGACGCCCUAAGCAGGAAGGCAGUUCAUGUUCCUGUAAUGAUGGUUAAGGAGCUGAGUUUGGUUGAGAGCUUUAGAGAUCUAAGGUUGCAGUUCGAGUUGGAGCCGAACAAUAUUAAAUGCUGCAACCUCAGAAUAGCAAGUGACGUGUUCGACCGGAUCAGGAUAAAGCAAAGGGAGGAUGAAGAUUUGGUGUUGAUCUUAAACGCGCUCGGUACAAAUAAGGCUAAGCAUUUCAACACCGGGACGGACGACCUUUUACGUUACAUGGAUAGGACGAAGUCGUUUUGGUGGCCUGGGAUGAAGAGUGAUGUCGCUCGUUUCGUGGCGUCAUGCUUAACCUGUCAACGAGCGAAGGCGGAGCACCAAAGACCUGGCGGAUUACUUCAGCAGCUGGAAAUUCCCGAAUGGAAGUGGGAUAGCAUAUCCAUGGAUUUCGUGACCCACCUACCACGAACGGUCAGAAAUCAUGAUUCAAUUUGGGUGAUCGUAGAUCGGCUAACAAAGAGCGCCCACUUCCUGGCAGUCAACUUGAAGAUGUCGAUGACCAACUUGGCUAAGUUGUAUAUCCAGGAGAUCGUUCGUUUACAUGGAGUACCUUCGAGCAUCAUUUCCGACCGAGACACAAGGUUCACUUCACGGUUUUGGCAGUCACUCCAAAGCGAGCUCCGUAGUAAAUUGCAGAUGAGUUCAGCUUAUCACCCCCAGACGGACGGACAAUCUGAGAGGACGAUCCAGACGCUGGAAGAUUUAUUGAGGACGUACGUCCUAGAUCACUUGGGCGCUUGGGAUGAAAUUUUGCCGCUAGUGGAAUUCACGUAUAACAACAGUCGAGCCGUUCGUCCAAAGAAGUUGUCUCCCAAAUUCAUUGGACCGUAUCAAAUUCUGAGGAAGAUCGGACCAGUAGCGUACGAGCUUGCAUUACCGCCUCAGCUAUCGAACCUUCACUCCGUCUUCCACGUUUCCCAACUUCGGAAGUAUAUAGCGAACCCAUCACACGUACUGGAGUUGGAAGACGUUCAACUUCGUCCAGACCGAACGUUAGAGUUGCAACCAGUCCGUAUAGAAGAUAGCCGCACCAAGUACUACAAAGGAAAGGACGUUCGUUUGGUGAAGAUGGUGUGGGACGCUAAGACUGGUGAUUCAACGUGGGAAGUUGAGAGCGCCAUGAAGGACUUGUACCCUAAUCUAUUUCCGGGUGAAUCUUUAAAUUUUCGAGGACGAAAAUUUUUGUAG